AGUUUGGUUACAUUUUAGGCUGUGCCGGCUUGAAAUAGUGGUCCCAGUUUGCCCUAAGAAGUCUUCCCCUGCCCUAACUCAGGAGUCAUGCCGAAGGUGGCAUCGUUGCCGAAGGAGAUAAAGAGAAAGGAGGCGGGAGGUUCUGGUGGUAUGGAGAACGCUGAGGCGCCGGCCAAGAAGAAGAAGUCCAACCAGAGUUUGGAUGCCACAGGCUCUUCCUCCUCCGGUCCUCCGGCGACACCUGCUGCUUCUGGUGGCGCAUCAUGCAGCUUUCCCAUGAGCCGCGUGUGGCGCCUUGUUCGCGGCGAGUGUGGUGCUCGUGGUGGUGCUGCUGCAGAAAUCCGCACCACUGCUGAUGCCGUAUUUAUAAUCAAUAAAGCUUCUGAAUUGUUCUUGGAGCGGUUAACGGAGGAUGCUCAUGCCUUGGCUAAGAUGGAACGAAAAAAACAUCUCUCGUACAAUCACAUUUCAUCAACUGUUAACAGAGGGAAAAGAUACGAGUUCCUUUCAG